UAAUCAUGCUAACAACAUGCUAGUAACUUGCUACUUAUGUUAGCUAUCUAUCUCUGACAGACUGUAUUGCCUCCAAAACAUUUAAACUUGAACCUUUUAAAACUACUUCAGAUUUCAAACUAUUUCAGACUGAAAACCAUCAAACUUAAAACUUUUUAAACUUAAUAAACUUUUCAAACUAUUUAAAACUUUCUGUUCCUGAUUCUCAAGCCAAUUUAAGUUUGUCUCGACGAACCUUUUUCGUCUAGUUUAAUGUAAUGUAUUUUUAUAGGCUGUAUUCCCUAACAUCAGCUCUCUCUUGCCUCGUCCCGUGUGUGCGUGUCCACGUUGACGAGUGACGAACGUUAUUGCAGCGGGAUCACGUAAUUUACCCGAAAACAACACAUUCUCAUUUCUGAUAUUUGCUGGCAGGCGGUAUUUUCUUCAAGACAGCUAUGAACUCGGCAGAGAAGUUCCGUCUGCCGUCCUGCGCCUCGUCCAUUAACAUUAUAUCGGGACAAGUCAUUCACUUCUCAGCGGGACAAAUACAAGGUGUGGCUUAAGAGUGAGUGAACUGAACUGGUAGAAAUGCGUGAGGCUCGAGAGCCCUGUGCAUCAUCGUUCGGGGUCUUGCCCAGUUUCGUUUCUGUGUAAGUCCUGCCUCUCAACAUACCAGUCCAACAUCAUUACAAACUCACCACAAACUCACAGCGAGCCGUUCGACACUGAACUACACGACAUGUCCAACCAAGAUUGAGACAUCUCUUUUUCUCAAGCCUGUAACGAACAAACUGGAAUUGGUUUAAAAAGGAUUUUUACUGCUCAUGUGUACCUGUUAACAAUGAUCAAAGAUGCCACACUCACAAAUUCACCACAGGCAGUGGUCCAACAGGAGCUCAAAUGAGGGAAACAGACCCACUCAGAUUCCUCCCCGCAUGAGUAGACCUGGUUUACCUGGCAGCGAUCCCUUUGCAGUAAGUCCAGCUCCGAAUGAACUGCGACUGGUUCUGCUGGGAAAAACCGGUGCGGGGAAAAGCGCAACGGGAAACACCAUCCUGGGAGAAAAUCAUUUUGAUGCUGAGCUGAGCAUGGGUUCAGUCACUAAAGAGAGCAAGAGAGCAAGUGCAACGGUGGAAGGACAAGAGCUUGUUCUUGUAGACACACCUGGGUUUUUUGACACAGACUUAACAGAAGAACAAUUAAAGGAAGAAGCAAUUCGUUGCCUGGCCUUGUGUUCUCCUGGUCCUCAUGCGUUUCUACUCGUCGUACCGAUAGAACGAUUUACAGAGGAGCAGCAGCGCACCGUACAAAUGAUUCUGGAGAUGUUUCAGGAGGACAUCAGCCGUUACUCCAUCCUGAUAUUCACACACGCCGACAGACUUAGAGGAGAAUCCAUUGAAAGGUUUGUUUCAAAGCAAAAUCGCAAGGUUCAAGAGCUUGUGGAGGGAUUUGGAAGGCGUUUCGUGGCCUUUGACAACACAAACCCUACAAACCGAGAUCAGGUGCGUCGACUCCUGCAGAAAGUGGACGAGCUGCUGGUCGUGAAUGAGAACCGUCACUUCACUAAUGAAGUUACAGAAGCGAUGCAAAAAGCCCAGAGGAUAAUAGAAGAGAGAAUCCAAGCUGAAACGGCUGAAAGAAUGAGGAAAAUAAAGCAGGAGGUCAGAAAAAUCGCUGAUGUUCGUUGGCGUGCGUUUCUUUCUGACAUGAAUGAAGAGAGGCAAGAAACUGAACGGAGGAGGAAACGCAUACAACGCAGGAUUGAUCAGAUUCAGGCGGAUAUAAAGAAGGAAGAACAGAAUGUGCAGCCGAUUUCAGAAAGGCUGAGACGGUUCACGGCGUCUCUGCAGACGGAGCUGGUGAACAUGGGACGACUGGAGGAAAGACGGAUGGAGGAGGAGAGGGAGAGAAAGGAACAAGAAGAGAGAGAACAGAGGGACCUGGACAUCUGGAUCCAAGAAGAGGAGCAGAGGAGACUGAGCGAAGAAAAACCGAAGAACCUGCUUUCUCCAGAUCACAUUAAAAUUGUGACUAUGCUGACCAUGUUUAUGCUGGGGAUCGGGGCGACAUUUGCACCUGCGCUCUUAGCGUUCUUGUUCCCUGCAGCUCCAGCGGUGGAAACUGGGUUGGCGGCCACGAUUUUGUCAAGAUUUUUAGCUGCGGAAGGAUGGGGGUUCGUUUGGGUGGCCGCUGGAGUCGUCAAAGCCGCAGCGCUGACCCGCUGCUCCAUCCAGUGAGAAGCUCACAACUCCAGGAGCCCAAACAAAUCCAACUUUGUAAAUCACAGCUUAUCUUUGGCUAGUUCAGCCAGAAAUGAAAGUCCAGUCAUUGUUUACUUACCUAGCCUUGUUUUGGCAUUGGAUCAACACCAGGGUGAGUAAACAAUAACUGAGGUUUAAUUUUUGGCUAAAUUAUCCGUUUAUAUUUAAGUGUGCGCAUCAACACCACAAACACCCACAAGGGUUUAGAAGAAGAACAGUACGUAUAUUUAGAAGACUAAACUACCAGUCAAACGUUAUUAGGGGCCAAGCACCGAAGGUGCGAUGGCACCUAUUGUAUCCGUUAGCAUACUUUUUCUUCCGCUCUGGAAGUCUAUGGCAGCCCAUAGAACCACUUGCGGGAAAGUUGUGAAAUUUGGCACACUGAUAGAGGACAGUCUCAUCAUUAACCAUAGCAAGUUUGGAGUCUCUAACUCAAACUCUCUAGCGCCACCACUUGUUCAAAAUUUCAAUCAUUUUAUGCUAAUAACUUUUGAACGAUAAGGCACAGAAUCAAAAUUCUUUUUUCCUCUCAAUCCUUGGCUCAUGCCGAGUCGAAUGAAGUCCAAAAUUGAGGUUUAGUUUUUUUUUCUAUAAAUUUUUAUUCGUAAAACCUACUUUUUCGAACUCGUCCUAGACGGUUUGUCUGAUUUGCACCAAAAUUGGCUCAGAUCAUCUUCAGACCAUGCUGGCAAAAAGUUACGGAAUUCAAGUUGAUUAGUCGAAUCGUUUUCGAAUAACGUGCAAAUGAAUUCUACGAAAAGCACACAAAAAUGUAUGUGAGGUUGUAUCUCUGCAACGGUCUGGCGUAUUGAGACCAAACUUGGUGUGUGUCAUAACAAGCAUAACUUGAGGCGUCCUGCAGUGUUUCGGUGCAGUGCCACCUAGUGGUCAGGAGAUAUGAAAAAUGCCUUUUUUGCUUAUAACUUCUGAAUGGUUUGGCCAAAAAUCACAAAACUGGUCUCUUCAGAUUUGGUGCAUCAUGCUGAGUCCAUCCAUAUCCAAUUUUCCCAUGUCAGCCAUUUUGAGUGUCGACCAUAUUGGAUUUUGUCCAAAAAUGCUAUACUUUAUGAACGCAUUGACACAUCGUUACGAAACUCGGUAUGUGUCUUCGGCACCAUGCCCUGACAGUACUCAAAAAGUUUGGAUGUAGCGCCGUCUUGUGGUCAAAAGUUAUAACGAAAUUUAGAAAUCUGCUUAUAACUUUUGUUUUAAUUGGCCUAUUCUAAUGAAACUAGUCUUGAUAUAUUCCUUGGAUCAUGCCGAGAUCAUUGAUACCAAUUAUGCCAUAAUUGGAUGAACUUCUCGUCCGCCAUUUUGAUUUAUGUUGAAAACCUACUUUUGCGAACUCCUCCUAAACUGUUCGUCCGAUUUUCACCAAAUUUGACUCAUUUGAUCAUCUUCAGACCGUGCUGACAAAAAGUUAUGGAUUUCGUGUUGAUGCUUAGUAGGAAACGGUUUUCGUUUAGCACAUCAACGAAUUUGCUGGAAGGAUGCCAAACUGCAUCUGAGGCUGUAUCUCUGCAGAACUUUGACAUAUUUGCACCAAACUUUGUAUGUGCCAUUAUCACCUCACACUGACCAGGCCACAUCAAUUUGGGAACAGUGCCACCUACUGGUCAGAAGUAAUACACCAUUCAUUAAACAUUAAUAAUGAAAUUUCCAAAAAUGCUAAUAACUUUAGUUUACAGUGGCCUACUCUAAUAAAACUGGUCUUGUUAUAUUCCUUGAAUCAUGCCGAGAACUCUGAUACCAAUUAUACCAUAAUUGGGUGAACUUCCUGUCCGUCAUUUUGAUUAAUAUUGAAAAACUAUUUUUUUAAAUCCUCCUAGACCGUUGGUCCAAUUUUCACCAAAUUUGACUCGGAUCAUCUUCCGACCAUGCUGACAAAAAGUUAUGGUUUUCAUGUCAAUAGACGAAACGGUUUUUGUUUAGCACAUCAAUGAAUUUGUUGGAAAGAUGCCAAACUGCAUCUGAGGCUGUAUCUCCACAAAGCUUUGACUUAUUUACACCAAAUUUUGUGUGUGCCAUUGUCACCUCACACUGACCACGCCACUUCAAUUUGGUAGCAGCGCCACCUAUUGGUCAGAAGUAAUACACCAUUCAUUAAACAUUAAUAAUGAAAUUUCCAAAAAUGCUAAUAACUUCUGAUUGCAUUAGCCUAUUGUAAUGAAACUGGUCCCAAAACAUCCCUUGGAUCAUGCCAACAACAUACAUACCAAUUACACUAUAGUUGGUCGAACUUCCUUUUCACCAUUUUGAUUAAUGUACAAAACCUACUUGUUCAAACUCCUCCUAGACCAUUGGUCCAGUUUUCACCAAAUUUGACUCAAAUCAUCUUCAGACUGUCCUGACACAAAGUUAUGGAUUUCGUGUCGAUAGACAAAACUGUUUUCGUACAGCGCCACCACAAAUUUUAGAUUUGAUGCUCUGAGUCUGACUCUAAGGCUGUAUCUCUGUGAAGCUUUGACAUAAUGACACCAAAAUUUGUGUGUGUCAUUGUAACCUCACACUAAACACACCACAUUUGAUAACCUACUGGCCACCUAUUGGUCAAAAGUGAUAAGCCAAUAUAUUGUAUUAUUAUUGGUUAUAUUUAUGACUUUUUUCAGCCAUUUCAACUGAUAUCAUCCUAAAAUGGCUUUAAUUACUCAUUGUUGUAGUCGGUCUGUUGCUCCUUGCUGUGCUUAGCUCCUCAUUCUGCCUCUUUAGUGCUUGGCCCCGCAAUUGCUGCUUGCAGCUAUAUUUGAACAGAAGUCUCUUCUGCUCACCAAGCCUGCAUUUAUUGAUCCAAUGUACAGCUAAAACAGUAAAAUUCAGAAAUAUUUUUACUAUUUAAAAUAACUAUUUUUAUUUGAAUAUGUUUUAGAAUGUAAUUUAUUCCUGUGAUUUCAAAGCUGAAUUUUCAUCAUCAUUACUCCAGUCUUCAGUGUCACAUGAUCCUUCGGAAAUCAUUCUAAUGAUUUACUGCUCAGAAAACAUUUAUUAUUAUUAUUAUUAUGUUGAAAAUAGUAGAAUUUUGUCAGCUUUCUUUGAUGAAUAGAACGUUGAAAAGAACAGCAUUUAUCUGAAAUCGAAAUCUUUUAUAACAUUAUAAAUGUCUUUAUCAUCACUUUUGAUCAAUUUAAAGCAUCCUUGCUAAAUAAAAUUAAGAAUUAAUUUAGUGUAUAUAAAAAUGUGUAUACUGACUUCAAACUUUUGAAUGUUAUAGUGCAUAAUGUUACAAAAGCUUUUUAUUUCAGAUAAAUGCUGAUCUUUGGAUCUUUCUAUUUAUCAAAGUAUCCUGAAAAAAAUUCUCAACUGCUUUAAAUAUUGAUAAUAAUAAUAAUCAGAAAUGUUUGUUAAGUAGCAAAUCUGUAUAUUAGAAUGAUUUCUGAAGGAUCAUGUGACACUCAAGACUGGAGUAAUGAUGCUGAAAAUUCAGAUUUGAUCACAGGAAUAAAUUACAUUUUAAACUACAUUCAAAGAGAAAACAGUUAUUUAAAAUUUUGAAAAAAUAUUUUAGAAUUUUGCUGGUUUUGCUGUGCUUUGAAUCAAAUAAUGCAGGCUUGAUGAGCAGAAGAGACUUCUUUAAAAAACACUAAGAAUCUUUUUUUUCUGGAAAUCAUAUAUAAUUUUUUGAAUUAAUUAUGCUGCAUAUUGUGAUUUUCUAUAUAAAUAUAUAUAAAGCUACCAAUGCAUUGUUCGUAUUUGCAUGCUUUUCAGUUAGUGUACGCAAAAGAAUCCUCUCGUCAGUUUCUGCCUUUAUAAAUAAAUGAGGCCCCAGUUUAUUUAGUUAUUUAAGUUUGGGUUUUUAAUAAUCCUCCUUAAGGAUGCCAAAGAAGUAAUUUUAAAAAGCAGCCAUGAAAAUAAAAAAAGGAGUGAUUGCAGCUAUUAAAAAUAUAUUCAAAGAACGAUUAACUAACAUUGCCAUUAAGUUAUGAGACGUUUCAAAGGGUUGGUUUUGCGAAAGUUAAAGGAACAUUUCAUUUUAUUAUUUUGCACAAUAUGGGAAUCUUAGCUUCAUUUAAAUGUUCCAUAAACAUUAUAACAAGUAGACACAUUUAAAAAAUGUUCAAUGAACUCCAACUAAAACGACAGGACGACAGGAUGACCAAAGGCAUGAAUAAACGAAGGAAUGAGUAAAUUAAUGUACAUGUGUCCUGUGGAUGUUUGCCUGAUUUUCUUGAUUUUCUGAUUCCUUUUUUCACAUUUGUCAGUUUCAGUCAUUUCCUGUUAAUUGUAUGUCAUUUAAAAUGUGUCUAAUAGACUUUCAUAGUCCUUGAUUUUUGUAAUUUGCGCUUUUCCUUUAGCAAACAGCAUUCACUACAGUAUUCAUCUACGUAAAAAGAAGCAACACCGAACAUGUAUGGAGUCUUUAAGUCAUUUUAAUUAUUUUACUUCUCAUUUUGCUUAUUGUAAGAUUAACGAUUGUUUCCACUGAUUCAUCUAAAUAAAGGUACAUGUCAGUACAA